AUGGAUCGCCUCGAUAUGGUCGGUCGUGCUGCUGAAAUUACCGAGCUCAGUCAUUCUCUCGCCGAAAUCGUGGCUAGACAUAAACAGCCGGAGCCAACUUUUGAAUAUGGUAUUCCUGAUGUUAUGAGAGAGAAUGCGCCAGAUUCAGAUGUCAAUGCGAUCACCAACCGCACCAAGUUGCUGGGCUUGCUGGACGAGUUUCGCGACUUGCUGACAGAGCCAGCUGUGAAUUUAAGCCAGGAAAAUCGAAGCGCAUGCUUGAGCACUUACCCAAUAUGUCGCCUCGGGUUCGCAGACCAUGUACCAAAAGAGGGCAUAUCUGUUCAAGAUCUAGCUGCGAAAGUGAACUUGGAUGAGAACAUUGUUCGCCGCAUUAUGUGUCAUGCUGCCACCUAUCAUAUUUUCUUCCAGUCAGAGCUUGACUAUUUUGUGCACACUGCAAGCUCACGUCUCUUGGUUGAGAGUGAGGGUAUGCGUAACUGGUUGAUGAUGGGCAUUGGAGAGACGUUGCCUGCGACUCAUCGAAUCCCUGAAGUUUUACAAAAUAUGGAUACUCUGAAGAGCCAGAGCAUAGUCUGGUCUGUGAACAACUCCACCAAGCUUCCAGUUUUUACAGCCUUAAACGAUUUACCAGAGCGUGGUAUUGUUUUUUUCAAGGCUAUGGAGUGGCAUAGCCAGCUCCCAGGGUUCUCUCCAAAGCAUCUUAUCGAGCACUUCCCCUUCCAAGAGAAGAAGGAUACUACGAUUGUCGACGUGGGUGGUGGAUUUGGACACGUUUCGCAAGCUCUGGCUUUCCAUGAUCCCAAUGUGAAAUGUGUCGUUCAAGAUCUGAGCGAUUCUGUCGCCGGUGGAGAGAAGAGGCUUCCGGAGGAGCUGAAAGAUCGUGUCACUUUUCAGAGCCAUGAUUUCUUCCAGGAGCAACCGGUCAAAGGUGCGGAUGUUUAUCUCCUGCGACACGUAUUGCAUGACUGGUCGAAUAAAUAUGCCCGAAAUAUUCUUCGUGCUUUUAUUCCUGCAUUAAGACCCGGGGCCAAGAUUGUGAUCAAUGACCGAAUUAUUCCUGGUUUCAGGGAGGCAAAUUAUCUUCAGGAGCGUGAAUCACGGGACUAUGAUCUGUUCAUGUUCACUCUUACCAAUGCUCAAGAGCGGACACUCUUGGACUGGACCAAUCUCCUUCGAGACACUGAUCCUCGGAUGAAGUUGACUCGUGUGACUAGGCCAGAGAAGUCAUUCUUGGCUAUCAUGGAGGUCACAUGGGAGGAAGAAUUAAAUUAA